CGUUUUGCUGCCUCUCAGAUUGGUAACCGUUAGGCACCAACUAAACCUUGUUUAAGAUGCGCUCCUUCUGUCCGCCGCUGCUUCUCCUGUCAGUCGGAGCGGUGGUGAGCGUCAACGCGCAGUGGGACUUGCAGCAGGAGAUUCAGAAAUGGCUUACGGGCGCGCAGGGCAAAGUGAUGUCGCGGCUACUAAACUCGGAAGCAUACAACGCAUCUUUCAACGCCUCCUUCAAGGAACUGUUGACGCGCGGCAACCUGAGCUCCCUGUCCAUGGACGAGGCUAGAGCCCUGCCGUCCAACCUGUGGCGUUACUACGGGGCGUAUUCCCUGCUCACGCUGAAGAACAGCACACUGGACCUGGUGACGCCGUAUUUGUCGCAACGCAUUAAGGAUGAGAUGGAAUUCUUAAGGAAGGUUAACAUCACUGUACCCCAGGCCAUCGACCGGCUCAAGAGCGUGUUAAUUGACACUAGC